AGUAAUCCGAGUUUAUGGAAAUUGUAGGUGCAACCAUUUCAUGUUGUACUGUGAAGUCAAAAAUCCCAAAACAUGUAUAAUUUGUCAACUCUAUGCUGCCCCCUGGUGAUGUCCUACUUCACAGCACCUCCCCAAACUAAAAUCUAACUGAUAAAUUUUUUAGGGUGUUGAAAACUUAAGUGUGGACAAGACGCCAUUCUGCAUUCUUCAAACUGGGCCUUCUCUUGUUUUCAGAUAGCCCUUGAGCCUGAUCAAUCUAGAGGAACUGUGAAGAUCUGCCACAGAUAUCACUUUCACUUGGAGCAUUAUUCUUGAACUUACCUGGCUUAUAAGACUCACUUGGGAACACUUGCUUAAAAUCAGAUUCUGUGAGUCAUAAAUUCAGCUGAUUAGAAAAAAAAAAAUGGAUUCUGGAGCCUCCUUUCAAACCCCUUGAAAUCUAAUAUGAGGGGGUUGGCUUGUGAUUUUUAUUUUUAACUGCCCCAGGUGAUUCUUAUUGACAGGAGAGGGUGGGGGAAUCCUGGAGCUAUAAAUAGUACAGGUGCUGCUUCAGUACACUGCAGGUGACUAAUGGGAGGGAAUUUUGUGAGUAAAGGAGCUUAGUAGCAACAGGAAAGUAUAAGAGUUGUAAAGCAGUGGUGGAACUGUGGGUUUAAGCUUGGUAUAUCACUUUCUUGCCAGACAUACCUGUUUAUUUCUAAUGUGGCUGUAGUUGGCAUUCUGUCCCAUACCAAGAUGCCUUUUGAGAUGAAGAAACCGAGGCACAGAGGGAUUAAGUAGCCUGCUCAAGAUCACACAGCUAGUAAGGAACCGAGAUUCAAACUUGGGGAGUCUGAUUCAGAGACUUUAAAUUCAACACUGGUGCCUCACUGCCUCACACUACAAGUGAAUCAGAAAAAUAAAAACCAGCAUCAAAUUUGAAGUGGCCACAAAUUCUAUUAAAGCAGAAGAAAUAGUGUGAACCAUAAAAGAGAACCAGUUUCCUCUCUACUCUGCAAUUUAGAGGAAAAAUUUUCAUCCAAGGACAGAUCAGGUACUGUUUUUCAACCCUAAUCUCUUGACCAAGAAUGAAACUAUUUACAAAUUAAGAUGCCAACAGAUCACGAAGAGCCCUGUGGUCCCAGUCACAAGUCAUUUUGCCUGAAUGGGGGGCUUUGUUAUGUGAUACCUACUAUUCCCAGCCCAUUUUGUAGGUGUAUUGAAAACUAUACAGGAGCUCGUUGUGAAGAGGUUUUUCUCCCAAGCUCCAGCAUCCAAACUAAAAAUAACCUGUUUGAAGCUUUCAUGGCAUUGGCAGUCCUAAUAACACUUAUCAUUGGAGCCUUCUACUUCCUUUGCAGUGUCAGGAAGGGCCACUUUCAGAGAGCCAGUUCAGUCCAGUAUGAUAUCAACCUGGUAGAGACGAGCAGUACCAGUGCCCACCACAGAUUUUCAUUAAGCCAAUUCAUACCCAGUUUCUACAAAUGAAAAUCAAAGUCAAUCAUCUAAAAUUUCAUGAUUUCUUCCCAUCAAGAGGAUCUGGAGUCUUCUGUUCCCAUUAAAACUGAAUUUAUGGCAGUGCAAGCCCGGGCCAGACUGGGUAAAAAAUGAUGGAAGCACAUUUAUAUUCUUAAAAAUUUCAGCAGAUUGCAUAGAAAGUUCUCAGAUUUGUAAAAGUUUAUUUCUAUUGUAAUUCUUUGCAUGUUCAUUUUGUUAAAUUUGCAAUAUAAACCAGUUGCACAUCUUUUGCUAUCUGGCCUCCUAGGUUGAGGGUUAGGGUUUGCUUUAAGCAAAACUGAGAUAACUAUAAUGUGAACUGACCUACUGGAUUGCCCACUUUUAUCAAUCUGCAAGGGUGGAUCUAUUUCUAGGUCUUAAUUUCAAGGUUUACUUUCCCUUUUCCUUAGAUUUUACUUGGAUCAAAGGGCAUGGAAAUAUAUUUCUUGCUUAAGUCUUAUACAAAGGAAACUGUGGCCCCAGAAAUUGUUUUGCUUUGAAAGUAUGUAGAUGAAAUAAGUAUUUUUAAAUGUCUUGAUUAAAUAAAGCAUUCUAUGAUCUGAUCGUCAGCUCAGUAUGUAGGCUAAGGGUAUACCUUUACUUCUCUUUUUUAUGCUCAAAUUUUUUUCAUGUGAUUGUUAUUUUCAGUUUCACAGAGGACUACAAUGAUUGCCAUCUCUAGGAAUUUAGUUUGUUUUUAGCUAAUACUCUAAUGCUUCUAAGACAAGCCUUUCAAAAUUGUAAUAAAUGAGUUACACAGAUUUAACUUUGGCUAAAUUACCAUUUCCCUUCCUCACAGAACUUCAAGGCCUCUGAGAGGCAGGGAGGAUGACUUUUAUUCUUAUCAGUACUACUACUGUUUCUAUUAGGUCAACUUUUUCCCUUUUUACUUUGCACUAAGGUUGCAACCAUGUGACUAAAUGAUUUUAGUGUUUGUAACAAGCUCCAAAGGCUCAGCUAUAAAAAGGAACCCUUUAACAACAUCAAAUAUUGUAUGAAAUUGUCCUGUAUCAGACUCUCCUUUGAGAAGUGGCAAAACAUUUUAUGAGUAUUAAUUUGUUUAAAAUAACCCAUUCAAUUCUAAGGCUCAUUUUGUUCAUAUUUUCGGUUUUAAAAAUCCCUUUUCCUCUACUAUUCAACCAAUUCUGGUUAAUAUCAGGGACAAUAAAGUUUAAAAAAUAUUAGACUUAUGUGCUAUAUGAGCACAUCCAAAGACUAAAAUUUUGAGGUAUUUUGAUAAUAGCUAAAUAGCAUGAGCUAAAUAUAAAUAUUCACAGAUGAAAAGUUUUGACAAAUUUUUCUUUCCUCAGGAACUAGGAUUUAGAAUAACCAUAAAUUAAAGGAAUCUUCUAAGUAUUUUUAUCAUAUAUAUAUAAAAAUAGCAAGAGAAAUAUUUUCAGUUUUUAAAAAAAGGGAUAAAAGUGAUAAAAAAGGAAAAGGAGGAAUAAUGCUAAUACAUUUGACUUUACUUACCUUGCAAGUGUCCUACUGUCCUGUUAGAACAAACCACUGACUGUUACAAAAGUAACAUUAGUUACAUCAUAUUGUAUUAGGUGGAAUAUGCUAAUUUCUCUCUUGUAAAACAGUCUGGAGGUGGAUAGUCCACGCCACUUAAUGGCGUUUCUUCAACGAGGUUGUACAGCAACCAGGAUCCUUCUGUUACUUUUCUUCCACAAUGGUGUGUUGCCUUCUCUUCAGGGUCCAAGAUGGCUCACUACCAGAUCCACAUUCCAAGCAACAAGAUGGAGAAAGGGGCAAAUAAAUGGUCAUGCCAUUUUAAUGACACAAAUCAUUGCCCCUCACAUUCCAUUGUCCAGAACACAGUCAUACCUGCACAGGAGACUGGGAAAUGUAGUCUUUAUUCUAGGAGGCAUACCCAAUUGAAAAAUCAAAGGUUCUAUCAUUAUACAAAAAGGAAAGAAUGGAUAUUGAGGGAAAACUGGUGCUGUCUGCACAUCUCUUAUUUAGAUAUUUGUAUAGAAAUUCAAACUUGAAAAUCAUUCUACUGGGAAUAUGACAGGAAUGACUAGCUGACAAAUACCAACUAUUCUGGGUUUUUGUUUAUGAAGGAUUAGUUUACUUCCUUUGUUCAUCCAAAAGCAAUGAAAUGCAAAACAUUACCUGAAUGAGUUCCAAGCUAUGUUUUAUUGGUAUAAAACCAAAAUAAGAUGAUGUAAUAUUCUGGUCUACCAGUUAGCUAUAUAGACCUAGGUGAAAAAAAAAGAUUUUUAAG